AUGUAUCUAUCAUCCGAUGCAGUUGAUGCCUAUAGUCUUGCGACAUUAGCGGGUGCGCCGUUUAGUCAACUUUUGUCGCAAUGUUUAUUAGCUUGGCCACUGGUUUUUUUGCUAUUUACACUACCAGCAACUAAUUUACUCAUUAAUUUGGGAUAUGUUUCGGGUGCUGGACCUGUUUUAACAUUCAGUCGAAUAGCACCUGUUGCUUCAGGUCUUGGUUGGGCUCUGACAUGGUUAGCUGGUGAGCGAUUAUUUAUUAGAUCGCUUACUGCAGCUCAGUAUUUAAUAUAUCUAUUAGUUUCAAUACGACAGCGCUUGGACUGGGCUAUAGAUUGCGGCCAUAAAUAUAACGAUGAUUUGUGCAUUGAUUUACUUCGAGUUAACAUUUCACAUGGGAAAGCACAACAUCGACCGGAUAAUAAUUGGCCAGCGCAACAAUUUAAUAAGUAUGUAAUUCGACGAGUACCACAUAAUGUCAAUUUGUCAGUUUGGGCUCCGAAUGCUUGGUAUUUUGAAGAUCAAAGCAUGACGCAAAAGUUUUCCAUUGAAUUCCCUGCUUUUUCACUCAGUUUAGCGCAUGUUCUGAUUUGGUGCACGUUAUUUUUCAUCUCUAAAAGAUAUGGUCCCAGUCCAGGAUGGUUUUUAUCGCGAUUCUGCAUCUUAUUACCGCUAAUGUUUUAUGCUAUUUUAAUUUCUGGUUUGACAAUAUUUGGGUUUUCAUUUGGCAAGACGAAUGAACGAGAAAUUUCACCCGAAGAUGUGGAAAAAUAUCCAUUUCAGUAUUUCUCUGAAAUUCAUGGUUUUUUCCGAACUACAGUUGCUCUAAUGGAUUAUUCAUCUGCGUUUACUGGUAUUCUAAUAUUUGCAUCAAGCCGAAUACGUUCUGGAAAUCUACCCAUGAAUGCGUUGGCACUUCUUACAGCUCAAUUUCUACCUCCAGCGAUAUUAUAUGUAAUAAAAGAGGGCUGUAAUGGACAUUUGGCGAAAAUUCAACCUGCAUAUGAUAGUUAUGCAGCUACAGAUGAGACAUUUUCCUUUGAUACGGCUGCUGCAUGUUUUGCUACAGUAACAGGCGGACCGAUUUGGGCUAUACUUUUUUAUUCAGCAAAUUUGAUGUAUAACUGCAUUGGUCCUAUGGUGGUGCUUUUGCUGUUUAUUUAUAAUUCAUUUGCUGAGCAAUUCGUGUUCGUGGAGCAGUUCAGGACAUUUCUUUUGGCUUUGUUAUGUACGGUAUUUGCUGCAACGGGUCUUUUACUUUGCAUGCCCAUGGGUACAUCGUUCAGCACAUUGUUACACUAUGUUUCGCAGUCAUCACUAACUCAGUUAUUUUUGUUUAUUGUUGUCUUCUUUGUAUAUGGAUGGUACAAUUUGGAUACGGAUGUACGGAUAAUGAUAGAUGCUGAUCAGAAUCAUUCUAUGCUUACAUAUUUGCUUGGAGUAACAAGCCCAGUAUAUACAGUACUAUUAUUCACAGCUGUACCGGCUUUAUUGGUGGCAAAAUUAGUGAGUGUAUUUGAUUUGUUAAUGACCGGAAUGGAUAUUGAAAGACAUAUCGAUUAUGGGACCUCAUUUAUAUCUUCAUCAAAAACAUUGAAUCGAUUUUUUGGAUAUCUGAUAUUACUUGGACCAUCAGUUAUCACUGGGAUUUUUGCUAUAGUUGCAUUUUACGUUCAUGUUAUGCGAUAUAAAAUGCCUUGGGGUUCAAUUAUGGAUGCAACUGCUGAUUGGAUUUCGCAUACUUCACUUAGACAGGCAGUGAGCCCUAAACCAGCUCCGAUCUCACAUCGUAUCUUCAUCACAUUGUUCAGUAUUUCAUAUCGAACGGCUUUACGUGGAAUAUUUUUGAUUGAAGUAUUAAUUGGCGUAAUUUUAUUCUUUCUGUUCAUUGGUAAUACAUUUUACAUUCGUUUUGUUGGUGAUGCAAAUGCAGCAGUGGCAGGCAAUUUUCGCACAAUAUUAUUCCUUGGCCUUAUCACCUUUCAUAUUUUGUCAUUGAUUGAGAUGCGUUGGACAUUAAAACGAUGGGAUCAUUCAUCAAGAUUGACUCUAUGCAUAGCCGUUACAACGAUGGAAAUGGCAUUUUUGAAUGGUUAUAUGUGGGUCGCUGCAGUCAAUCAUUCUUGGGGCUUGAAUUACCAACCCUUCCUAGUAAUUUUUGUAAAUACAAUCAUCCGAGGAGUCCUACUUUCUAUUUUGAUAGCGGUUCGUUGGAACAUUACGGAAAUGUCUCACCCAACUCGUACUCGCGACGCUACUGAAAUUUACGAUGCAACUGCUGAUUUAGAUAAUGACGUGGAUCAUGAAGAAGGUGGUGUACCAACUAUUUACGAAAUGCGACGUGACGUUUUCACGUAA